GACAUCAACAAGAGAGAGCGGGUGAGUGAUACAGAUACACGGCUGCAUUUUCACAAUAGUCGCAUCGUAACGACGCUGCCGCUGCUGCACGGACAACAAGCACUUUGACGCAGCUUUACAACACCUGCAACAAAGAUGUUUGGCUUUCACAAGCCGAAAAUGUACAGGAGCUUGGACGGCUGCUGCAUCUGCCGCGCAAAGUCGUCGAGCUCCCGCUUCACGGACAGUAAGCGCUACGAGAAAGAGUUCAGGAGCUGUUUUGGACUGAGUGAAACGCGAUCUGGAGAAAUCUGUAACGCCUGUGUGCUGCUGGUGAAACGAUGGAAAAAGCUGCCUGUGGGAACCAAGAAGAACUGGAACCAUGUGGUUGAUGCACGGGGUGGUCCCAGCUUAAAGAUAACUUCCAGGCCCAAGAAAAUAAAGUCCAUCUCAAAGAAAGCACGGCCCAGUCAGAUCAGUCGGCUGCAAAAGGAGCUCAAAAGAAACAAUUCCGAUGCUCACAGCACCACCUCCAGCGCCUCUCCAGCUCAGUCCCCCAGCUACAGUAACCUGUCAGAUGACGGCUCCGAUGCCGAACUCAGCCCGGGUUCCAGCCGCUCCCCAGUUUUCUCCUUCCUGGACCUCACCUACUGGAAGAGGCAAAAAGUCUGCUGUGGAAUAAUCUACAAGGGGCGCUUUGGGGAGGUGCUCAUCGAUCCCCAUUUGUUCAAACCAUGCUGCCGCAAAAAACAGCGACAGCAGCAGCAACAACAACAAGAGGAGGAGGAGGAAGACGAGGAGGAGGACGAUGAUGAGGAGGAAGUGGAGGUAGAAGAAGGCCAGGCGGUAAUGGAGGUCAGCGAGCAAAACCCCCAGAUGGAAGAGGAAGUGAAGGAGAUUGCAACAUGUGAGGAAAAUGUGGAGCCCGUGCAGCUAUGUGUCACCAUGACAACACCUCCAUCCAGGAGUGCGGUGGUGGCCGAGGAAGGGUGGUAAAGUGAAAAGCCUUUCCUUGUACACAUCUCUGAAGAAAUCUUGGGGUGCUGUGUUUUCUCUUUGAGCACUUACAGGAAGAAGUCGCCUCAGAUUGCCUUCAGUCACAAAGCAGCUGAAAUCCUUUGGUCUUCUCCAUAAUAUUGUUGGAGGUUUGUUUAUCAUGUUUGAACAGUAACUUAUGGACUAUUGUGUUUCCACUUUGUCUCUCUCUUUUAUUUUUAUUUGUAUUUAAUAUUCUUACCAUGCUGAAGAUGGACCAUCAUCUGUGUUGUUGUUUUUGAUCGACUCGUACUUUAGAUAAAUGCUGAGGCUCUAGUUCGCUGGUGCGCGCAAGAGAUUUUAUUCCAAAACGCAAUAAAUCCACUCACUUGCAGGAAAAAGGUGCUACUUGAAAUUCAUCGCUCAACAUUUCAAACAUACAGCUGGACUCGCUCUCACUGUGGAUAUUUUCUAAGUGUAAGAUGACUAAUAUGAUAUGAUAAUACGAUAGUUUUGCUUUCUUUUGAAUGGUGGAUAUCUCGUUUUGGAAUCAAUGACACUUGACCUCGACCAAGCUCACGCCUGUACAGUAAUCCUUGUUUUAGUCUCUUUUCACUUUGACAUCCAAUCCUAUCAAUAUGUUUGUGUUUGUAGUCUGGAUUAGCGCCCCUGUGGGGAAAUGUGUGUGUAGUCCCAUUUAAAUAAGGCCUAUUCACAGCUUCAACAGCAAAUACACCAGCCUUAAUUGUGUGUUACAGACAGUGCUAGUGUUCAUUCUGGAUUGGUAUCAAGGAACAAAAAGGGACAGUAGAUGUAUUUAUCUCGGCCUGAGCAACACAGUGCAUUUUGCAUGAAUGGCAAACCACUCGUCCAAAAGACCUAAUGAUCUGAUGCAUGAGUCUCCUAAAAAUUGCAUGGCCUUAAAUAGACUGUAAAUCUUACUUUUAUUUUUUGGAUCCAUUUCUCUGAGGUUUUAACUUAUUUUUAUAGGUAAAAAAAAAAAAAAAGAAAGAAAAAGAAAAAAUAGAAAGUGUCUUUGCAUAAUAAUAAUAAUAAUAAUAAUAAUACACACAAUACAACAGCAAACACAAUCGGUCUAUAGUCACUCAGCAAUAUCAAUCACAGUGUUUUCUCUCAUUCCCGGUCAGUAUAUGGUUAAAGACUUUAUACACGCUGAAAUUCUAUGCCAUUGCCUCUUAUAUACCACAAAUGUGUUGUGAUAUAUAGCCUAAUAUUACUUUAUUUAUCUAAUGAAAGCCAAAGCACAUUGAAAUUCACCCAAUGUCAAAUCAAUGCAGGUUUUCUAUGGACACUUGUGCUUGUCCGAUGUCAUUUGUAUGUAUGUUUAUGGUAUUAUAAAAACCGAACACUAAUAUGAAAUUUCAUACAUGUGAUGUUGUAGUUGGGAGCAGAGGGUGUGUUCUGUACAUAGGGGGUGGGUGAGCCAUAUGGUUCUUACAUGGGUUCCAUUAUUUAUUUAUUUCAUAUUUAUUUGUAUCACUGCGCCACCGCUUGGAGGUGUGUACUCCUUUGAACUCUUCUCAUCUUUAGCUUAUGCGUAGCAUGGUGGGUUUUUUUUGUACAACUGAAAUUGAACGUAAUUCUCAAGCGGGCUUUCUUUAAAGUUGCUUUGAAUUACCAGCUGUCAAUAUUUGUGAAAUGAUGUUAAGUAUUUAUUUACUCAUCAGUUGAGUUGCGUGCAGCCUAACUUAUUCUGUGUCACCAUUUUGGAUCUGUAUCUAGACUGAAAAUAAUGAUAGAUUGCUACCAGACUGUACUUUGCCCUUGUUUAGCCUGUAGCUUCAAAAUGUUUAAGGACAGUAGGAUACCUAACUGUAGACUUGCAUGUACUGUUGCUAUGCAUUUCCUUAGCUUACUAGUUAGACAAAGCAGUUUUGUAUUUUUUAUACACCAUGUACUUUUUUUACUUGUCCCUUAAUAAAAGCAAUUUUGUGAGUUUUCUGAAA